UCCUCUCAACCUCAGCGUCUCUCAACCAUUUCCAAGACCUAACCAUUGUCACUACUACUCUGAUCGAUCUCAUCUAUCCAUCUUUCGUUCUAUCUUCUUCAAUACGAAGCUACCAAUAUGGAUCUCUUCCUGGUGGAAAAGGUUCUGUUAUCCUUGUUCUUAGCCGUGGUUGCGGCUAUCGCCAUCUCUAAACUCCGCGGCAAACGUUUUAAGCUGCCUCCGGGACCCAUACCCGUGCCGGUGUUUGGAAACUGGCUCCAAGUCGGCGAUGAUUUGAACCACCGCAACCUCACGGACCUGGCCAAGAAAUUCGGGGACAUAUUCUUGCUCCGAAUGGGCCAACGUAACCUCGUGGUGGUGUCGUCGCCGGAGCUGGCCAAAGAGGUGUUGCAAACGCAGGGAGUAGAGUUCGGGUCCAGGACCCGCAAUGUUGUGUUCGAUAUCUUCACGGGGCAGGGACAGGACAUGGUGUUCACGCUUUACGGUGAGCAUUGGAGGAAGAUGAGGCGGAUCAUGACAGUCCCUUUCUUCACCAACAAGGUGGUCCAGCAGCAAAGGGUCGCGUGGGAAGAAGAGGUGUCACGCGUGGUGGAGGAGGUGAAGAAUACCCCAGAAGCGUCGACGACUGGGAUCGUCAUAAGGAAGCGGUUGGAGCUGAUGAUGUACAAUAACAUGUACAGGAUAAUGUUCAAUAGGAGAUUCGAGAGCUUGGACGACCCUUUGUUCGUGAAGCUCAGGGCUUUGAACGGAGAGAGAAGUAGAUUAGCUCAGAGCUUUGAGUAUAACUAUGGCGACUUCAUUCCCAUUUUGAGACCCUUCUUGAGAGGCUACCUCAAGAUCUGUGAGGAUGUCAAGAACAGGAGGUUGCAGCUCUUCAAGGACUAUUUCAUCGAUGAGAGGCUAAAGAAGCUUGGGAGCACAAAGUCCGAAGGCUUCAAAUGCGCCAUGGACCAUAUUCUCGAGGCUGAGAAGAAAGGAGAGAUCAGCGAAAAUAACGUACUUUACAUUGUCGAGAACAUUAACGUUGCUGCAAUUGGAACAACACUAUGGUCCACUGAGUGGGGGCUUGCAGAGCUUGUGAACCACCCUAGAGUUCAGAAGAAGCUCCAACACGAGCUUGAUACGGUUCUUGGACCUGGCGUGCAAGUCACUGAGCCUGACCUCCAGAAGCUCCCCUACCUUCAGGCUGUGGUCAAAGAGGUUCUUAGGCUUCGAAUGGCAAUUCCUCUGCUGGUUCCCCACAUGAACCUCAAUCAUGCAAAGCUCGGUGGUUAUGAUAUCCCUGCCGAGAGCAAAGUCCUUGUGAAUGCCUGGUGGUGUGCCAACAACCCAGCCCACUGGAAAAAUCCAGAAGAAUUCCGACCGGAGAGGUUCUUAGAAGAAGAGUCCAAGGUUGAGGCUAACGGUAAUGACUUCAGGUACCUUCCCUUUGGAGUUGGAAGAAGAAGCUGCCCUGGAAUUAUUCUUGCAUUACCAGUUCUUGCAAUCACUUUAGGGCGUUUGGCACAGAAUUUUGAGCUCUGUCCUCCUCCAGGACAGUCCAAGGUUGACACCACAGAAAAGGGUGGGCAAUUCAGCUUGUUCAUAUUGAACCAUUCCACUGUAGUUUUAAAGCCAAGAUCGUUUUGAGUGUUGUAGGCCUCUCCUUGUGUCUUUUGAUGUCAUUGCGAUAACAGACCAUUGAAAGAUGGUUAGGGUUUUGAAUGUUUAAUGAAGUUGAAAAUUGUCUCGUGAACAGUAUUAUGUACGUAUGGGACAUGGCAGUGUAAAUCUGUGAACUUGAAAUCGUUUCAAUAAUCUGCAAUAAGUCCGUAUUCUCUUUCA